UUUACAGACUCAUCUAGUCGCACAGUUCAACAUCUGAUCCACUUAUCUCCCAUGGAUGCCACUUCGGUUCGAACAGUAUUCAGCUCUGUGCAAUUUUCCUUCUCUGCUUACCAACAGGAUCCUCAGGUUAGAGCAAAUGGAAGAUACCUCUUCACUAGAAGACUUCUCUGCUGAUGAGCGGCGAGAGCAUCGCGUGUUUGAGCACCUCUUAGAAUCUUACCCUGGCCUUUUAGAGCGACUACAGAAUGGGUCUGAAGAAGAACUUAUCCACGUUGGUGAGCUAAUUGGUAAGGGAGCCGCAGGUGCGAGGGGCGACGAUACGAAAACAUUGAACGGAGAAAUCUCGGUAUGCGGAGAUCAAUGGCCCGUAUUUUUGUAUGCCAACUAUACUUACGACGCUGAUGACCCAUGGUGUGGUCUUCUUAGGAAUCGCUUACUUGUAUCUGCUUACAAGCACGUUUUCACAUCCCCAAGUUCAGUAGACAAAGAACCCAAAGCGACACGGUCUGGAAACACUCGCCUCCAUGGCAUGAACGCUGUUAUGAUCGCUUCCAUAGCUUAUAUUGCGACGCAGGUUCGAUUUUCUCUGAGUUCCUCAUCAGUGUUUUCACGGACCGAUACGACCACAGACUCGGAGACAUUCUACCACAGUCUCCUUGACCUGCUCGAGGACCCUGAUGAAUAUAAGGAAAUCGACGAGCUGCUGACAUGGUGGAACCGGUAUAUAUUAUACAAGAAGAAAACCCUAUCAAAAGAUAUAAGUGAUGACCAGGACAGGCCAAAAUUGUAG